AUGGCUUUUCGUCGGAUUAGGCGCAUUUUAUUUUUUAAUGUAUUUAUUAACUGUAUAUUUAUUUCUCUGCAAAGUAAGGAAGAAGUGCUUUUGGACAUGAAAGCAUCCGGAGGAGAAUUAGGCUGGUUGACCUCGCCAGAUGAGAAUGGGUGGGAAAUAGGUCAACAGGCUGUGAAUGGCUCUCUGCUCUAUAACUACUUUAUAUGUAAUGUGGAGGAACGGGAGCAAGACAACUGGUUGCGCACCACUUUUAUCCAGCGUAACCCCACUGCUUCUCGUGUCUUUGUUGAGCUGAGCUUUGUUGUGCGUGACUGCAACUCCUUCAAUGGAGACUCACUCACCUGCAAAGAGACAUUCAACCUAUUUGUCUCUGAGUCAGAUGCUGAUAUCGGCACAAGCUUCCGCAAGGGCCAGUUCCGUAAAGUGGCCACCAUUGCGCCAGAUGAGAUAACAGGCGUUGGAGAGAUGAAGGUGAACACGGAGACACGGGUGGUGGAGAACCUCUCCCGCAAGGGCUUUUACCUUGCUUUCCAAGACAUUGGAGCCUGUGUGGCCAUUUACUCUGUCAGAGUUUACUAUAAAUCGUGCCCAGCCACAGUGAAGAGCUUGGCACUGUUCCCUGAGACAGUGGCAGGAGGGGAGAACCAGGCUCUACGGGAGGUUGCUGGAGCUUGUGUGGAGAAUGCAGAGAGCGAGGAACAGCCACGCAUAUACUGCACUGUGGAUGGGGAGUGGGUGGUACCUGUGGGACAGUGCCAGUGUCGUCCUGGAUAUGAAGCUGUGAAUGAUGCAUGUCAAGAGUGUCAGCCAGGCUUCUUCAAAGCAUCCGUGUCCAGUGAGGCUUGCAAACCAUGUCCAGAAAACACACAGCCCUCAGGCUCUGGUUCACUGGCCUGCCCCUGCAUGGAGGGGUUCUUUCGCGCCCCAGAGGACCCCCAGAGUGCUGCUUGCUCUGGCUUGCCGUCAGCACCUGAAAACUUGGUUGCCAAGACAUCACCAUUGACACUGGGUAAACUACAGUUGUCCUGGAGUGCCCCUUCAGACACGGGAGGGCGCAGUGACAUCACAUACAGCGUAGUGUGUGAGCGCUGUGAGGGGAGUGUGUGUCAGGCAUGUGGGGAGAAGGUUCACUUUGAUCCUGGUAACACCGACCUGGUGGAGCCCACUGUCUCUGUGAGUGAACUGGAGCCUCAUCUCAACUAUACUUUCACGGUGGAGGCCCGCAGCGCUGUGUCCCAGUUCAGCUCUCACAGAGCCACUAGCACCAUCACCACUGCCCUACACUACACAGAUCCUCCCAAGGUUACUGGGAUACAUCUGGUUGAUAGUAGCCCCACCAGCCUGUCUCUGUCUUGGACAGUUUCCCGACGAGCCAAGCCUCAUACCACCCGCUAUGAACUAAUGUACCGCAAAAAGGAGAAUGAAGAGGAAAAGGAGAAGGUCACCACAUACACUGUGCUGGUUUUAGAGAAGAACUCUGUUCAGAUCAGUGACCUUUCUCCUGGCACUGUAUACUUGUUCAAGGUCCAGGCUCUUGGUCCAGAUGGGAAUUCUGGUAGCAACAGUAUAGAGGAAGAGUUUUCAACACAAGCAGAAGUUUCUCCACACACAGGAAACACAGCACCGAUUCUUGGAGCAGCAGUAGGGGGAUGUGCCGUACUCUUUAUCGUGGUGGUGGUCUUGUUUCUGCGUAAACGUCGAAGAAACCCCCAUGCCAGACAAGGACCAGAGGACACCUACUUCUCUAGCUCGGAGCAACUUAAGCCCCUGAAGACCUAUGUGGAUCCCCAUACAUAUGAGGACCCAAAUAUAGCUGUGCUCAAAUUUGCCAGUGAGAUCCAUCCCAACCACAUCACCAAGCAGAAAGUAAUUGGAGCAGGUGAGUUUGGAGAAGUGUAUCGUGGUAUUCUGAAGGCGCCUGGACGCAAAGAGUCAGCUGUGGCCAUUAAGACUCUAAAACCAGGCUACACAGAGAAGCAAAGACAGGACUUCUUGAGUGAGGCCAGCAUCAUGGGCCAGUUCUCCCAUCAGAACAUUAUCCGCCUGGAGGGAGUGGUCACCAAAUUCAAGCAUGCAAUGAUAGUGACUGAAUUCAUGGAAAAUGGAGCCCUGGACAAAUAUUUGAGGGAUCAUGAUGGAGAGAUGUCAUCCCACCAGCUGGUUGGCAUGCUACGUGGCAUCGCAGCAGGCAUGAAAUACCUCUCAGAUAUGAGCUAUGUGCACAGGGACCUGGCCGCACGCAAUAUUUUGGUCAACUCCAAUCUGGAAUGCAAAGUUUCAGACUUUGGUCUGUCCCGAGUGCUGGAAGAUGAUCCUGAAGGCACUUAUACAACUAGUGGAGGCAAAAUCCCCAUCCGCUGGACUGCUCCAGAGGCCAUAGCCUACAGGAAAUUCACCUCAGCCAGUGAUGUGUGGAGCUAUGGCAUUGUCAUGUGGGAGGUGAUGGCCUUUGGUGAGAGGCCCUACUGGGACAUGAGUAAUCACGAGGUAAUGAAAGCCAUUAAUGAAGGUUUCAGACUGCCUGCACCGAUGGACUGCCCCUCUGCAGUAUACCAACUCAUGCUCCAAUGCUGGCUGCAAGAUCGGUCUAAAAGGCCCCGAUUCCCAGAUAUUGUCAGUCUUCUAGAUAAACUCCUUAAGAGCCCUGACUCACUGAAGACCAUUGCAGACUUUGAUCCUCGAGUUUCCAUACGACUUCCCAGCACUAGUGGGUCAGAUGGCUCUCCGUUCAGGUCUGUGUCAGAGUGGCUGGAGUCCAUCAAGAUGAGCCAGUACAAUGAGAACUUUUCUUGCGCAGGCAUUGUCAGUAUGGAACAGGUGCUGCAGAUGAAGAGCGAGGAUAUCAGAAACAUUGGAGUUCGACUGCCAGGGCACCUGAAAAGGAUUGCUUACAGCAUUCUGGGGCUUAAGGACCAGACCAGCACCCUGAGUGUGUUUGCAGUGUGAUCCACACCCAGUGUAUUAGUAUGGGGACUAGUUGACUAACUGCUGACUGAUGGAGUCAUAAGCUGCCCUGGGCUUGGGGUGCAGGGAAGGCCUCCAGUCACAGGCAUAACCCUCCAGCCAGUCAG